AUGCUUCAAAGAUUCUCAUCCAAGUUCGCAUUUAAUAUACCGUGUGAUGAAUUUAUGAAGAUCUUGGUAAAAGUUUGUGAGUUAGGGCUUGAAGAGGGACCUCUCCAGAGAAUUGAGUUUGUUGGUGGACACAAGACAGCAAAGCAAAGGAGAAAAGGUUUGUAG